UCCGUCGUCGUCGUCACGUCGUUUUGAAGUUGAUGAGAGUUUUACCCUAAGAAAAAGAGUAGGUCUUAGUCAGGGACGGAGGAGAGAAAAGCUUGAUGAUGCUUGAUACGAAAGAUCGAUUCGUUUUCGCAAGAAUGACGUAUUUGUUUAACCGUUAUCAACGUCGAUCAACCACAUGUCGAUAAAACUCGUUGGGAGACAUAUAAAUAGUUAAAAAAAAGUCAAAGCACAGAACCGAAAAUCCCCGGCGGAAGAAGAUAAAUGUCCCAUCAUCUCUUGCGACCGAUAUAUAGAUGUCGAUGUCGAUCUAGGUUGAGAGGACAACAGGGCCCAACAAGUAUCCAGAGACGACUCUACAGCUCAACCCACAAGACGAUGGCUCCAUCAAAAUUCUCACAUCUCCCUCUGGCCACUUCCGGCCCUCAGGAUUGUGCAUUGACGGGCACAGCAUUGCUCCAGACUCCGUACAUGAACAAAGGUACGGCCUUCACAAACGAGGAACGCAAGGAAUUCGGCCUGAGCAGUUUGGUCCCCGCUCGGGUCAACACGCUGGACGAACAGGUCAAACGGGCUUACGAGCAGUUCCAAGCCCGGCGCACGGCUCUAGGCAAAAACACCUUCAUGACAAGCCUGAAAGACCAAAACGAGGUUCUCUACUACCGCCUCAUACAAGAUCAUCUGAAGGAGAUGUUCCCCAUCAUUUACACGCCGACGGAAGGGGAGGCGAUCGCGAGAUACAGCAGACUGUUCCGCCGGCCCGAAGGCUGCUUCCUCAAAAUCACCGAUCCCGACGAUAUCGAAGCUGCCUUGGAGCAGUGGGGUUCGCCGGAAGAUGUGGAUAUUAUCGCUUGUAGUGACGGCGAGCAAAUACUAGGCAUCGGAGAUCAAGGCGUCGGCGCAGUGCUCAUUAGUAUCGCAAAGCUGGUCAUCUACACUUUGUGUGCCGGCAUUCAUCCCAAUCGCACAUUGCCUGUCGUUCUCGACGUGGGAACCGACAACCAGGAACUGCUGGACGAUGAACUCUAUCUGGGCGUACGUCAACCAAGAGCCAGAGGCCCAGAGUAUGACGCCUUCAUAGACCGCUUCAUCAAAGCCUGCAGAAAACGCUAUCCCAGAGCGUACAUUCACUUUGAAGACUUUGGCCUUCGAAACGCGAGACGUAUCCUGGAUAAGUACAACCAAACGAUCCCUUGCUUCAACGACGAUGUCCAAGGGACGGGCUGCGUGACUCUGGCGGCCCUGUUCGCCGCCAUUCAUGUUGCCGGGUACUCUCUGAAAGAUCUCCGAGUGGUCAUGUUUGGCGCAGGAACUGCCGGCAUAGGUAUCUCGGACCAGAUUCGGGAUGCAAUCGCCGUCGAGAGCGGAAAGUCAAGAGAAGAGGCAAUGAAACAAAUUUGGUGUGUCGACAAACCAGGACUACUUCUACGGAGUCACGGUGACAUCCUUACUUCGGCUCAACAUGACUAUGCCAGACCGGACAGCGAAUGGCCCGACAAAAAACACAACUCGUUGCUGGAUGUUGUCCGGCAGAUAAAGCCACACGUGCUCAUUGGAACCAGCACCAGACCAGGGGCAUUCACCAAGGAAAUCGUACAGGAAACGGCAAAGCACGUCGGGCGGCUCGGGCGGCCGAUAAUCUUCCCGUUGUCAAACCCCACGCGCUUGCACGAAGCCGUGCCUGAAGACUUGGUCCACUGGACGAAUGGGAAGGUUCUGACUGCGACCGGGAGUCCUUUUGAUCCUGUGGAUGUUAAUGGCAAGGGACGUGAUAUCGCAGAGUGUAACAACAGUGUAGUGUUUCCAGGAAUCGGUCUUGGAACCGUCCUCAGUCGGGCCAAGCUCAUCACACCCGAGAUGCUGGUCGCUGCGGUGAAAGCGCUGGCUGCACAAGCACCAGCACUCAAGGAUCCCGAUGCCGGGCUCUUGCCCGACGUGACGAAUGUUCGCGAGAUCAGUGUCAAGAUCGCGGCUGCGGUGAUAAAGCAAGCGGUUCAGGAUGACCUAGCACAAGAGACCAAUAUUCCGACCGAUGAUGGAGAGCUGGAUGCUUGGGUCAGAGAACAGAUGUGGAAAGCGGAAUACCGGCAGCUAAAGAAAGUGAGCAAAGCCGAAGCAGAUCGAGAAGCCCUCGGCGUGCUGGGAAGUAAGGGCGUAAUGUUUUGAAUAUCCAUCUAUCUGUAUUCAUUUGAGAUGCUCCAACAUAGCCAUCCCGACCUGUAAACAACGAAGAUGCAGACGUUUCUCGUCCUUGAGCAGCGUGAUGAUGUGUCAUGGAGUGGCCGGUGGAUGACCUACUACAGUCGACCUGUGCUGCCAUAGUCAAAUGCUUGGCCAACAAUCUCUUCGCUUAAUUUCCACAGUCU